CAUUGAUAGUAGUAAUUAUUUUCUUUCUUUAUAAUUUUGGUUUUUUCUUGUUGGUUUUUGAGGGUGAAUAACGGCACGGCGCUGCACUUUUAAAUAAAGGUGGAGGCAACGGUCCUAUGUACAACUCGGAGCAAAGGCUAGCUAGCUAGCUCAAUGGGAGAUACUCACAGAUCCAUCACCGUUCGGCUGAAAAGAGAAGACUGUAAGCGCACAAAGCACGACUCUGCUUUCUCCGAUUGGAAGAUUCUAAUUGGGCCUAAUGAUUGGACGGAUUAUUUACUGGGGAAAGAAGGAGGAGCAGAGAAAUAUAGGACUCAGAACCUGCCAAACUGCACCUCCUGCUCUGGAGUUUAUGAGCUGGGAGUAGCUGUGACACGACACCAAGCUGGGCGAGAGGCGAGCAGACUUGACCCUGAUUAUAUUGUUCCUGUAUAUGUUGGAAAAUCUGACAAUGUUAGGACUAGGCUACAGCGGUAUGGCCGUGAAGGUGCUCAUUUAGAGAAUGGCUGCUCCAAUAGUGCACUGCACGACCAAGUAAAUGUAUCUGCUUCAAAGAGAGCAGGAUUGUUUACAGAAGCAUUCUCAAGAGGCUUCUCUAUCGUUUAUAGGUGGGCACCUAUGAAUGACAACAAAGACGCUGAGAAAACUGAAUCCCAGCUGCUCGACAGAUUUGACUAUGCUUGGAAUAAAGGCAGUAAUGGCUUACGUCGCCACAAUGAUGUUCUCCACAAACUUGAUGGCAUUUCAAGAGCAACUCGUCUUCCUGCUUUUGUCAGGAAGCUUCAAUUGUCCCUUGAGAAACAAAAAGGUGUCAGAAUCAAACCUUGCAAGCCCCUUUUGUUGGAGAACGGAUCUGAUUUUCAUGAUAGUUUCAAAAGCACUUAUUUCCUUCCCCAAAUCUUCAAAUUUGGUCGAUCAAAGCCAAGAAUAGUUUCACUAAGUUCCGGUGUAAAUGGUGAUCCAAAUACUACUUGUGGUGUAGCUUUGGGUCAUGGAUCUGUUUGUAUGAGGCCUCCAAUAACGGGAAAUAAACGAUGUGCUGAGCACAAGGGAAUGAAGGUAAAUGGUGUAAAUUCCAAGUUGAUUGCAGAAGGAAAUUCAUCUGUGAUAAAUGAGAGCACAAGACCUUGCGCAAGUAGAGGCGAGGAAAAUGCUCCAAUUUGUGGGUUUAUCUUGGAUGGUGGUGCUCCUUGUGCAAGAAAACCAUUCCAGAGAAAUAAAAGAUGCUUGGAGCACAAGGGAAGGAGAAAUCGAGGCUGCAUUUCUCAGCCAGUGACAGACAAAAAUGGCCAGUCUUUACUGGAAUACAGGACUUAUUCUAGUAAUGAUUGUCAUCAGAUGUUAUCCCGUAGGGCUGAUACACAGCACCCUCAAGAUUUCUCCAGCUGUCCUCUUAUCAACCAGAACCACAGUGUCAUAUGUGGAGUUCAUUUAACCGAUGGUAGUUUCUGCACCAGGCAACCUGUAGCAGGAAGAAAACGGUGUGAAGAACACAAGGGUAUGAGGGUUAAAGAACCCAUUUCUAAGCAACUAGGUGCAGAAAUACCAAGCGUAUUUGCAGGUACAGCUGCCAAAAGUAGCAGUGGGAAAAAGCAUUAUAAUGUAGACAUUCCAUCAGUUAGCCGUUCUCCAACUUGUGGACAACAUUGCGUAAUGGUUCUUUUUGCAGAAGGAAACCUUCGGAAGGUACUAAAAGAUGUUGGCAGCACAAAGUCAUGAAGAGCUGAAAUAAGCCCUCCACGACAUGCAUGAUGUAGUUUCAUCGAAGACUAGGUUUCAAAUCUCAGUAGAGGUAAAAUAUCUUAGAGAUAUCUUCUCAUCUGUUUGAGCCUUGUUGGACAGAAUUGCUCUGUAAAUGUACUGAUGGGAGGAUGCAGGUACCCAUGGAUUAGUCGAGGUAUACGCAAGUUGCCCCGUAUAGAGUAGUUAUUAAAAGAGAAAAGGUUACCAUUUGAAGGCCGGAAGGUGUUGGCAGCAUGUAUACGGUCAAAAUCGGGCUUGCCCUUUCUGUGCGACUGAUCGAGGCUGGAACAUGAUAAGUCGAGGAUCAACUUCGAUUCAUAUGGUGCAGAGUUAGGUUGUCAAGCUCGAAACCCUGAGACCGGUUAAGAUCGAGACCGACCAAAAGCGAGACCGACCAAGAUCAAGACCAAAUAAGUUGGAGUUCGAGGGAAGCUUACGGGGUCGAAUAACGGAAAGACAAAAUAUCCGCAAUCGGGCAAAGAUCACGGCGCAAAUCCCGGCACAUAUCAAGAAGAGCCCGAUUAAUUAGCCAAUCGUGAGAUUUCUUACUGUAUUUAGACUUAUAUCAACAGCAAGACUACCCUACUAUAUAAAGGGGUCUAGACUACCCUACUAUAUAAAGGGGUCUGAUCAUUUGUAAAACAUCAUCAUAUACACAUUACAUAAAAGCAAUAUAUUCUUAUUCUCUUAAGCUCUCAA